AUGUUUCAGCGAACUUUAUUCUGUAUUGAAAUGACUCUCGCAACAAGACAUACCGAUUUUGGGCGACGCGAUUUGUGGAAAGACAAUGAUUUAUGGCUUGACGAUUUCAAUGAUUGGCCAAUGGAUUGGCCAAAACCAAGAGAUUUCUUUCAUCGAGUAAGUUGCGUCGGAUUUGAAUUCAAAAAUAAAAAUCGGUCAUGCCUAUAAAUAUGAGUGAGCGAGAGGCUAUUCAUCCUCUCCCUCUCUCUUGCAAUUAUCUAUCCAACAAUUUUCAUUUUACUGUCCGGUUUCCUAUUUCUUUUUUUGUAGCAAAAGGUAGCAUUUUUGAAUAUAUUGAUUUUUCUUUCAGUUCUCACGAAACACUGACAAUUGGUGGAAAGAGUGGCCAGUUGAUUGGCCACGUAUGGAUGCAGUGAUGCCAAGAGUAAGUUCUAGAAUGUCUUAUAAAGUUGUUCACAAAAAUAUUAUAGUUCUCAACCCAACUUGAUCGUCUUGACAACAACUGGCGUAAAGAUCCAUUCUGGAUGGAUAUUUAUCCAAGAUGGGCUGAACCAAUAUUCAAAGAUGGAAUUGAUGUCAACUCAAAUGUUGUGAAUGAUGAACGUAGAUUUGCUGUUGAUGUUGAUUGCUAUCAAUUCAGACCAGAGGAAAUUCAAGUCAAGACUUUGGAUGAUACUUUGCUUAUUGAGGGAAGACAUGAAGAUGUUAGAGAUCGGGAUAAUUUCACCAAAAUGUACUUUAUCCGAAAAUAUCAAUUGCCAAAAGAUGUUGAUUUUAAUUCUAUCCAAAGUAGCAUUGACUCCAAGGUUUGUUUUAUUUUUAAAUCAGAGUCGAAAUUUUUAAAAUGAGUUUUAUUGCAGGGAAAAUUGAACGUUGAAGCUGCCAAAUUCUCAAACGCUCUCAAUUCUCGUGAAAGAUUGAUUCCAAUCGAAGGAGCUGGUCGCAAUUCGCCAAGAUUUGAAUCAUCAACAUUGAGAAGUCAAAGAGGACCAAAUUCACCAAUCCAUAUCCAAACUGAACAAGAUUCUCGAAGUGCUUCAAGCAGAAGUGGUUCACGAGCUGAAAGAUUGAACGAUUCUCCAGGAUCAAGAGAUGUUUAUUCUUCACAUUCAUACAGUUACCAUCGUUCUGACUCUCGCAAUCGUCUUUCUCCACAUGAUGUUCCAAUUCGCACCACUGAAAAUAGAGCCUAUAGCCCAGCUGCUUCACGUGUUACCACUAGCGGUGAGUUAAAAAAAAGAAACCCAUACUUCUAAUUAAUGAUUAAUGAAAACUUACACAUAAUUAAUAAUUUUUGAUAAUUCAUAAAUGUAGAGCGUACUGUUACUCCGGAACAACGAUCACCUGGAAAACAAGUGUUUGAUACAAUUCGUAACAAUUUUGAACAAGGUUUUAACUAAACACUUUCGGUUCUCAAAAAAAGCACAAAACCUUUUUGCAUCUAACAUGAUUUCCUGAUUAACUAACAGGAAAAAAAAGAUUUUUAAUUAAAUUAAUCUUUUAGGCGCUUAUAAUGGAUCGGCUACUAAUGGAAAUACUAUCAAUCAUCAACAACAACACCAACAUCAAGAAGAAAGAUCAAGUUCCCGUGCUCAAUCAUCAUCUCACAGAUCGGAAAGCAGAAAUGGAUAUCGUGUUGAUUCACCAGCCAGCAGCACAACUGGCAUUCUUCGCAAUGGUAACAAUUCUCACGUCAAUCUUGAUUCACCAACUCAACAACAUCGCGAAUACCGUUCUAUUCAAAUUCUCCGCAAAACCUAUUAA